GUCCGUCAGUCAGAACGUCCGGCACGCCGUCCGCUGCCACGCCUGCAAGAUCCGACCAAUCACAGGCCUCCGUUACCGCUGUAUGAAGUGUGUGAACAUCCAGAUGUGUCAGAGCUGCUUCCUGACCGACAAACACAAAACUCACCAUCCAAUCAGAGAGCUCCUCACACAGCCGACCUGGAGGGAGUCUCUGUCCUCGUUUGUGCACACCGCCCGUCACCGCCUGUUGCCGCGGCGACCCAGGAAGAGGGCGGAGUCAGAGACUCAGGACAGAGAUGUUUCCCAUGAUGCAUCGCUGCGAGCUGAUUCCCAUGAUGCAUCGCUGCGAGAUGUUUCCCAUGAUGCAUCGCUGCAAGAUGUGUCCCAUGAUGCAUCACUGCGACCUCCAUCCUGCUCGUCCAUAGCUCUGCAGACAGAUGAUGUGACGCCGCCGCAGCUGCAGGCGUCCGUUCUGAUGACUGAAGUCAGAAACCUGCAGAGAGACAGAUGGCUGAUGGAGCAGCAGCUGCAGGCGUUUCGGCUCACCGUCCAAUCAGAGCAGGGCAUCCUGGAGGACAGGUGCUCGGACAUGGAGGUUACCAUGGAAACGCUGAGAGAACACAACCUCCGUCUGCAGCGAACCCUCUCUCAGGCUCUGAACAAGAUGGAGGCUCAACAUCACGGCGACAACACGCCACAGAGCGCCAACACGGUGACCACGGCGACCACGGAGGACACGGUGACCAUGGCGACCACGGAGGACACGGUGACCAUGGCUACCACACAGAGAGAAACCUUCACGCCGACUUCAGACUCUGAGAGAAACACAGAAGAAGAAGAAGAAGAAGAAGAGUUUCUGAAGACAGAGGACGAGUGGAGCGAGGAAGAACUACAAACUCCAUCUCCCACGAUGCACCGGGACGCGUCUCCGUCACAGGACUCUCCCUGUGGAGAGGAAGAGGGGGCGGAGCCACAGAGAGAGGGGGCGGAGCUACAGGAAGGAGAGGACAGCUGUGUGGGUGAAGCAGAGGAUUCUGGGACGUGGAGUCCAGAGGAGCUGCUGCAGGAGACUGUGGAGACACUGAAGACAGAGCUGCAGACAGACAGGAGGACAGAGAGACAGACAGGUGGGAGGAAGGGGGCGGAGCUUCUGCAGGCGGCCAAUCAGGUGGGAGACUCUCUUCACUGGCUGGCAGUCGCCGUGACAACAGACACACAUUUUGGGUUAUAAAAAGCGUUUAUUGUCACCAUGGAUAUUUAAAUACAGACGGUAAAUAAUAAAAU